AUGGAGUCCCCACCACCACUCACCACAGCUCAGCCCACCACCACCACCGCCGCCGCCCAACCACCGCAGCAACCCCAACCAAAUUCUGUAGAUUCUUCAACCCACUCUCGACAAACAAAAUCCUGGGAAGACCCACCGCCAAUAUCGCCCCAACUUCCAAAGCUCCGCCUUAUGUGCAGCUAUGGCGGCCACAUAGUCCCCCGCCCUCAUGACAAGUCACUUUGCUACAUUGGCGGCACCACCCGUAUCAUCGUCAUCGACCGGACCGACUCAUUUUCCGACAUCCACCACCGGCUCUCCAAAACCCUCCUCAACAACGAGUCUUUCACUCUCAGAUACCAGAUCCCCAACGAAGACCUGGACUCGUUAAUUUCUGUUACUACGGAUGAAGAUUUCGAGAACAUGGUUGAAGAAUACGACCGGCUUAAUUUUGCGAGUGGGUCGAAACCUGGUCGCCUCCGCCUGUUUUUGUUUCCUAAGAGUUCGAGUAUUGAACAGCUUCUUGUAGAGACAUCAUCGACAAAAUCGGAGGACUGGUUUCUAGAUGCGUUGAAUGGGAAAGCUAGUAAUAUUUCUGGUGGGGUUAGUGAUCGUGGGUUUUCUGAAUCUUCUUCCGUUAAUUGUCUUCUUGGGUUGGAAGAUGAAUUUGUGGGUAAGGCGGCCGUGGGAGAGAAAGAUGUGGAAGCCCAAAUUGAGGCGUCGAAGAAUGGUGGAAGUGGAAAUGGGAAUGGGACUUCCCUUAAUCAUGAUGUGCAUUCUAUCCCGGAUUCCCCUAUGCUAGAAACCACCUCGUCAUUUGGGUCUACCUCGAGUUCUCCGUCCACGGCGAACCUUCCACCGGCAAAAUUACAUGUCGAGGAGAACCAGAAAGUGGGAGGGAUGGGAAUUGAGGAGCAAUUUCAGCAGAUAAAUUUUGGGGCUGUAGGUGUUGGUGGAAAUGUUAAUUUACCGCGGAAGCAGGAGGAGGUUGGGGGUUUAGCCACUGGUGUGGCGGCUAGGGCGGUGGUUUCAAGGGUUCCGAUGGUGGUUGGUGGGGAGUAUGCCAAUCGUGUUUUCUCUGAUGAUCGCGGUGGGAAUAGGAAACCAGAACAAGUGCAGCAACAACAGGUACAAUUACAACAACAGCAGAUUCCUCAAUUUCAACAGAAACAAACUGGACCUGUUGAUUUGCUUUCCCCAGAAUCAGUUUCAAGUGAUGGAAGUGUAGCAAACCCAUUCUUUAGGCAGGGACAAAUUAUUUAUCAAGAACCUACUGUAAAAAUUAAAUCUGGAAAUAGUAAUGUUUCUGCCGAUCCAGUUGAUUUGAAGACUGAGAAUCAAAACUAUACCAGGGUUCAGAUGCAUCCUCAAGUUCAGGAAUCCUAUUAUGUAUUACCAGGCCAGUUUGACCAAAAUAAUCCUCAAAUGCAUCAGCCACAACAGUUUGUUCAUUCCAGUACCCCUUAUAUCUCAGCUGGGCCAGUGCCAAUUGGGUCGUAUUACCCUGCAUACUCUUCCCAGCUACAAUAUCAUCCACAACACUCUGCACUUGAGCAGCAGUACCCAGUUUAUUUCUUGCCUGCUAGACCAGCCCAAACUUAUAAUUUACCAAUGCAGCAACCAAGUUAUGGUGAAUUAGUAUCGCCUGCCCCUUCUAGCCACCCCCAGAAACCUCCUUUGGCUGCAAUGCCUCCAUCUGCAGCUUAUAUUCAGACCAGAAAUGAUCCUGUUUCCAAAUCCGAUUCGGCCAUUGGUGUAUACAGAACAGCAGCUGCAGCAUCUUCACCAUUAGUCGAGGUUCCUUCCAGUCAGCACCAAGCCCAGUAUGUUGGUUACACUCAAAUUUAUCCUCCUCAAUCAAUGGCUCCCCCGUCUGCUGCCAAUUCUAAUUAUGCCUAUGCAUAUGCUGAUCCUAGACAUGCUGAAAUAUAUUCCCAGCCUGUGUCACCUCAGAUGGCCGCUCAGUACCAGACUAUGUCAUCAGCCCCUACAAAGAUAUUACCUGAUGCAUCAACUGCAGCGUCCAGAGAACAUCAAGCAUCUUAA